AUGGAGAGGGUGCCCGACCCGAGAACUACGCAUGCGUCUCAGCGCUUUCCUGCCAGCACACAGUGGAUAGAGGGGCGAUUGAAUUCCCACAGCGAGUCCAGCCCACGGAAGCUCAGAGGAUUCCUAACCGUCCUCUUUAGAGAGCCUCAGAAGUACAAUGCUGAUUAUGAUCUGUCAGCUCGGCAAGGGGGAGACACCCUGGCCUUCAUGUCUCUCCUGGAGAAGUUGCUCCCGGUGCUGGUACAUACUUUUUGGAUAGACACCAAGAACUACGUGGAAGUGACCUGGAAGUGGUAUGCAGAGGCUAUGCCCUUUCCCCUCAACUUCUUCCUGCCUGGCCGCAUGCAGCGGCAGUACAUGGAACGGCUACAGCUGCUGACCGGGGAGCACAGGCCUGAGGAUGAGGAAGAGCUGGAGAAGGAGCUGUACCGAGAGGCUCGGGAGUGUCUGACCCUGCUCUCUCAGCGCCUGGGUUCUCAGUUCUUCUUUGGAGAUGCCCCUGCCUCCUUGGACGCCUUCGUCUUUAGCUACUUGGCCCUGCUGCUGCAGGCAAAGCUGCCCAGUGGGAAGCUGCAGGUCCACCUGCGGGGGCUGCACAACCUCUGUGCCUAUUGUACCCACAUUCUCAGUCUCUACUUCCCCUGGGAUGGAGCUGAGGUACCACCGCAACGCCAGACACCAGCAGGCCCAGAGACUGAGGAGGAGCCAUACCGGCGCCGGAACCAGAUCCUAUCUGUGCUGGCAGGACUGGCAGCCAUGGUGGGCUACGCCUUGCUCAGUGGCAUUGUCUCCAUCCAGCGGGCAACGCCUGCUCGGGCCCCAGGCACCCAGACCCUGGGCAUGGCUGAGGAGGAUGAAGAGGAAUGAUUUGUCCUCAUGCUCCCAAGACUGGUUUUUCUACUCUCGUGCAUUCCAGAGGCCCCCGUGCCUCCUCAUUGUUGGUACAGCCGGACACGGGGUGCUGCCCCCCAGAAUAAAGCCACUCACACUGA